AUGGUGCUAGAGGAUUUUGGAGAUUUUAUUAAUAGCCAGUCAAGAAGAGCAAUUCUUGAGCCCUAUCCUUUACGAGGGGAACCCUGCAUCGGAUCACCCUCGUCCCCCCACCCCGUGUCAGAGGCAGCCGUAGACACCGGCUCCGAAAUCACCACCACGGACUUACAGGUGAAGGAAGUUGUGGAACAGGCGGAAAAUGGAAGAGACGCCGCUGCUAUCGGGAAUGCUAAGGAGGAAAACGGGGAGCAGGAGGCUGACAAUGAGGUAGAUGAACAAGAGGAAGAAGGUGGGGAGGAAGAGGAGGAGGAAGAAGAAGGUGAUGCUGAGGAAGAGGAUGGAGAUGAAGACGAGGCAGCUGAGUCGGCCACGGGCCAGCGGGCAGCUGAGGAUGAUGAGGAUGACGACGUCGAUACCAAGCAGCAGAAGACCCACGGGGAUGACUAG